GAUCCACAGUUUGCAGCGUUCGGACAUUGUAAGGCAAGCAUGGGCUAAAGUACGUGCGAAUCUCCUUGGAGACGUGUUGGGUCAGCCAAAAAGUCAAGAACUUUCACCUGAACCUUCCAAAACCCAAAUAUCCUACGAACAAGAAACCGCCUUUUCGUUUGAUUCCUUCCUUCCGUACACGAACGGGAAACUGCUCCCUACCCUCGGCCACCCGAGCAAAUAUUCUCAACGACCGUCGGGGGAAAUUGCGAUGUCGACGGAGAUCCAGGUCGUCGAGGAGGUCCGGCCGGCCGCUGCCGUCGAGUCCUGCGGCGGCGGUGGAGGAGGAGCUGGCAAGGAGUGGUUGAGGAACGAUGUGUAUGCGGCGGCCGCGUACGGCGACAUGGAGAAGCUCAGGAGGCUAGUGGAGUUGGAGGGACGUUCGGUUUGCGAGCCGGAUGGGCGUGGUUAUUAUGCUUUGCAAUGGGCUGCUCUGAACAACAGAUGUGUUGCUGCUGAAUACAUCAUCCAGCAUGGUGGAGAUGUAAACACAGUCGAUCACACUGGGCAGACAGCAUUGCACUGGAGUGCAGCACGAGGUGCUAUCAAGGUGGUAGAUCUUUUACUUCGAGAGGGUGCUCGGAUUAACACUGCUGACAAGUGCGGGUAUCAGACAACACAUGUUGCAGCUCAGCAUGGUCAUACUGCUUUCCUUUAUCAUAUCAUCUCAAAAUGGAAUGCGGAUGCUGAUGUUCCUGAUAAUGAUGGAAGAAGCCCUUUGCACUGGGCUGCUUAUAAAGGUUUUGCCGAUUGUGUACGUCUUCUCUUAUUUCUAGAUGCUUGUGUUGGACGCAAGGACAAAGAGGGGUGUACUCCUUUGCAUUGGGCCGCUAUGCAAGGGAACCUGGAGGCAUGUGAAGAAUUAGUAAGGGUUGGCAAGGAGGAAUUGAUGGUGACUGAUAAUACUGGCCUUACACCAGUUCAGCUUGCAUCUGACAGGAAUUACCAACAAGUUGUGCAUUUCCUUGAAAAUGCCCAAAAGCAGCAUGAUCAGAAGUUUUAUUGGAAUAGUGGCUUUGGGAAGUUUUUCAAUCUCGGGUUUGCACCCAUUCUGUGGGUCAUAAUUCUCUUGCUACUAGUGACCUACACAAGUUCCAUCAUAAUGGGAUCAGAUUUACCAAAGUUAAGAUCAGGUUUUGGCUUUCUUGCAUGGAUGGGCUCUCUCCUAGCAAGUGCUGGACUUGUCAUGCUUUACAGGUGCAGCAGCAAGGAUCCAGGAUACAUCAGAGUGAACGCGCAUGAUCAAAAGAUUACGACAGACAAUGAACCACUAUUGAAGAUUGAGAUAAAUAAUCCCGCUUUGCUUGCUGGCAAAUGGUCCCGGCUCUGCACUACAUGCAAGAUUGUGAGGCCUCUCCGCGCAAAACAUUGCUCCAUUUGUGACCGCUGUGUUGAGCAAUUCGACCAUCAUUGCCCUUUGGUAUCCAACUGCAUUGGCAAGAAGAACAAGUGGGAUUUCUUUGUAUUCCUAGUUUUAGAAGUAUUGGCUAUGUCAAUUACCGGCGCAGUUGCUCUUACAAGAGUUCGGGGUGAUCCAGCUGCACCAGCCUCUUUUGGUGCUUGGUUGAAACAUGCUUGGAGCCAUCACACUGGUGCUAUGUCAUUUCUCAUAGCUGAGUUUUUCCUCUUUUUGGGUGUUGCAGCAUUGACGGCUUUGCAAGCAUAUCAGAUUUCUCGUAAUAUUACCACGAAUGAGAGGGAGAACUCUUUGCGCUAUAGCUACCUCAGGGACCUGGGUGGCAGAUUUCGAAACCCCUAUGACCGUGGGUUUAGGAAGAAUUGUGCAGAAUUUUUCCUCAGUGGAUACGAUGAAGAUGUGGAACAUAUUGGAGACUGGACUGAUUCCGAGGGCAUUGGCAUGACGGUUAUGGCAAGGAGAUCAGAUCAAGAAUAUGAUGAGUAGAUGGGAAUCUGAAAAAAAAUAGAAACAAGAAAAACAAUGGUCACUGCUAGACUUCUGAUGGACCUAGUGACAUCUCAGGUUCGACAGAUGGGUCCGCUCUAUUGAAGCAUCAUAUCAUCGAGUUCAAAGCUGGAAGAAGCUGAAGUUGCGUCAUGGCUGUGUUGUAAAUACCUCUGAUAAGCUCAUAGAAUGAUUGAGUAUCAAAGUGGGUGGUGCAUACAGUCUGUCCCCAUAUGAUUGUCUUGUUCUGCGGUUGAAGUUGGUUAUUCUGUUCAUGAAGCUUUCUGUGUGAAGCAGAUGGAACUGAUGGUUGUAGCGAACCUCACGAGGUGAACCGCAAUGGCUCGUUGAGUGAAAAUUUCGACAAUGUGAAAUGUAUAUACUUGCUUAAAAAAAUAUUCUUCUGGUUUCA